UGAUCCCUAUAUAAAGCUGCAACACAAUCAUUAAUAUAUCACAACCAUUUAUUCUUCUCCAUCUUCUACCCUUGAGAAAAAUAUUUGAAAUAAUUUAACAAAUCCUUCUCUACUCAACAUUAACCAUGUAUGCUGCUUACGAGGGUGUUGAGUACAGGUAUUAUAGGUCUGCCUCUAAGUUGACAUGGUUAGCACAACUCUUUGGCCUCCUAGCUUUGAUUCUUAUGCUGGUUUGGCUGUUGCAUUAUCGGGAGGGCCUUGAUCUUGAUUCCGACGACAAUCUAAACAGGAUUUUCAAUGUUCACCCAUUUCUCAUGUACUUUGGGUUCAUCUUCUUUGCUGGUCAAGCGAUGAUGGCGUACAAGACAGUGAUGGCAGCAAGGGAUGUCCAAAAAUUCACCCACAUGCUAUUCCACAUGAUUGCCAUUUGUUUGGGGAUUGUGGGAAUACAUGCCGUCUUCAAAUUCCAUGAUAGGGCGAACAUAGGGAAUAUGUAUAGCUUGCAUUCCUGGAUUGGCAUAUCCACCUUCUCCUUAUAUAUCUUGCAGUGGGUGAUCGGUUUGGUGGUGUUUCUGUUCCCAUAUGCUAGCCAAGAAACAAGAAGUAGGUUGGCGCCGUGGCACAUCACAGGCGGCCGUGCGCUACUGUACAUGGCGAUCUGCGCGGCGGAGACGGGGCUCAUGCAGAAGGCUACUUUUCUUAAAUUGCAGUUUACUCGCGAGUCAACCUUAAUCAACAUCCUCGGAGUAGUUAUCCUCCUCUUUGGGAUCAGCGUUGAUAUUUCUGUCGCCCUUUCUCGUUACGUCUAAUAUCUGAUCUGGCUACAGCACUAUUGUAUCCAUUCUUAAUUAUACAUACGUGUGAUGCUAAUAUUAUUAUUUAUGCAUGUAAGGGGCUAGGUAGAAUGAUAUUGUUUUGGUGAUUUAAUUUUGUGUGCAAGAAAUAAUAAAAAUGUAUGUUCAAUCAAUCAUGGGAAUGGAAAAAAGUUACACUCUUGUAAGUGUUUGUUUUA